UAUCCAAGGCAACCACUGAGCGAGCCUACCUUCGAUAACACACCGCUUCGCGACCAAGUCAAUGAAAAGAGAAGGCUAUAUAAACCGCUCCUCGGACACUUCAAAUUACCUGCUCAUCAAGUUCAUCACACACAUCCUCUUACCCACGCAAUCAAGAAACCAAGAGCAACAACCUCGUCAUACUCUCCCAGCCCAGACAAUAUUCGUUACUCCAAGAUGCAGUCAUUCGCAUCUGCUCUGGCUGUUCUCAGUGUCUUCUACACCUCCGCUCUAGCCUCGCCAGUCGAGACCACUACCGAGGCCGCUGAGGCCGUCAGCGUUUCCGUCUCCUACGACACAGUGUUUGAUGUUGGCAGCCAAUCCAUCAACACCGUCUCUUGCUCCAACCUGAACUACGCUACCUUUGCCGACAUCCCGGGCUUCCCCAACAUUGGAGGUGCUCCCACCGUGUCGGGCUGGGGCAGUCCCAACUGCGGAAAGUGCUACCAGCUGACCUACGGCACCACCUCGAUCUAUGUGACGGCCAUUGAUGCGGCUCCCGGUGGCUUCAACAUUGCUGAGGCAGCCAUGAACAGCCUGACCAACAACCAGGCCGUUGCGCUGGGUCGGGUUACAGCGACCUACACUGAGGUGGAUUCAUCAUUCUGUGCAUGAGCGCUCGGGAGGCUGCGAGCUUAGGAAUUUUCUGUCUGAUUGGUUAAUGGAUUGAGUGAUGGAUAUGUCAUAUCUUGGUCUUUGGAUUUCGCUAAUCUUCUAAUGUCAUAAUGUCAAAUAUCUGCACGUUUUGUGCACCGUCAUGCAAGUCAACAGUAGCAC